AUGGACUCUGAGGCUAGCAGUGGGAGUUCGACGCGGUCGAACUCCAGGAUGAAGCGUGGGCGCGUCCCGAAGAUUGUUCUUCGGAACGUUGCCGACGCCGCAGCCAUGCCGCCGCCCACGGGCUCGCCGCCGAGGAAGCUGCGCGCGCGUGAGGAUAGCUCGGCCGACGAAAGCGACGCCUCACUGGCCGCCGCUGCAGCCAGUGUCGGCCCCGCUGCCCCCGCCGGAGUCGCCGCUUUGUCUACAGUUCUUGCUGCUGCCACUGUCGCUGCCCCCGUUCCUGCUGCCCCCGCUGCCCGGAUUACGGCCCCUCUUGAGGCGCCGUCGACGUCCGCUGCUGCUGCUGCUGCUAGUGCCCGCUCCGUUAGCUCCGGAUGA